GAAGCGGCUUCCAAAGGUGCAAUGGAAAGUGACAAUAAAAUACAUUUUUCCAAGGAAGUAAAACAGGUCAUUGAUAAAGUUCUAAAAUCAGAUGACCCUAUGGAUGCACCGGAUUUCAAUUGUGUGGACUACAUUAAUCAACUAUUUCCAAAUGAACAAUCCUUGGCGACAAUUGAUGAUACCAUUCAGCGUAUGCAAUACGAAGUCUCGUUGAUUGAUGAUAAUAUCCGUUCUGUGGUUAGGGGUCAGACGAACACCGGCCAAGAUGGCCAAAUGGCUUUGUAUGAAGCCCAAAAAGUUAUUUCCUCACUUUACGAACACAUAAUCGAUGUUAAGACACGAGCGGAGAAGACUGAAGAAAUGGUUAAAGAAAUUACCCGAGAUAUCAAGCAAUUGGAUUGUGCCAAACGAAAUCUGACAUCGGCCAUAACAACCCUUAACCAUUUACAUAUGCUGGUGGGUGGUAUUGAAAGUUUGGAAAAGUUAAUUGAAAAACGAUUGUAUGGCGAAAUUCUAAAUCCACUGCAAGCCAUUACGGAGGUCAAUCAACACUUCCAACAAUAUUCGGAUAUUGAAGAAAUCAAGACCCUAUCACAAAGUGUUGAUCGUAUACAGGUCACAUUGGCCCAACAAAUCUCUGAGGACUUCAAGGAGGCAUUCUCGCCCACCACAAAAUCGCACAGUGGUGGUAACUCCUCCAAUCAACCCCGCUUGAGUUUAAAUCAAUUGGCCGAUGCCUGCAAAGUUGUUUCCGUUCUGGAUCCUAAAGUUAAAAAGGAGUUGCUGAAAUGGUUUAUUGCCCAACAACUGGAAGAGUAUUUACAUCUGUUCCAUGAAAAUCAAGAUAUUGCAUGGUUGGAUAAAAUUGAUAAACGUUAUGCCUGGCUUAAACGACAUCUGCUGGAUUUUGAGGAUAAAUUUGGCUCUGUAUUUCCCCUCGACUGGGAGGUAUCGGAAAGAAUAACCGUGGAAUUUUGUCGUCUUACACGUGAUCAGCUAUCACAGAUUAUGGCUAAAAGAACAAAUGAAAUUGAUGUACGUCUGUUGCUGUUUGCCAUCAAUAAGACACAAGCCUUUGAGCAAUUACUAUCGAAAAGAUUUACUGGCAUAACCUUGGGCAUAAAUCCGAAUGUCACAGAGAAAUUAAGCACAGCGACAUCAGCAACAAAUUCAGAUACAUCUUCAGGAGAUGUCAUCAUAAAUCCUAAUUUAGUUGUAUUCCAUGAUCAAAUCGGUAGCUGUUUUAAAGCACAUUUGGACAUCUAUAUACGUAGUAUUGAUAGAAAUUUAUCGGAACUUAUUGAGAAAUUUGUGGAACAAGUCAAGGAGCCCUUGAAAAUUGCUGAGGCUAAGACAACGGUAUAUCCAAGCUCUGCUGAUCUCUUCGUCUUCUAUAAAAAGUGCAUGGUCCAGUGUAAUCAAUUGAGUAAUGAACAACCCAUGUAUGAAUUGGCCAUGGUUUUUAAGAAAUAUUUACGUGAAUAUGCCAGUAAAGUUUUAGAAUUUAGCAUACCAAAAUUAUUAAGUUCAUCGACAUCUAUUGGCAAAAGUAUGUCUCUACUGACAAGAGAUAUGCAAAAUCUAUCGACCGCUGCUGGCCAAGUUAUACAUAAUUUCCUAAAGGAAGGUGAUGCUCAACGAUUUUCACGUGACGAUUUAAUACGCAUAUGUUGUGUAUUGACCACCGCCGAAUACUGUUUGGAAACGGUGCAACAACUGGAGGAAAAACUAAAAGAAAAAGUAGCCACUGCCUAUGCCAGCAAAGUGGAUAUGUCUGAGGAAAGGGAUGUCUUUCAUCGCAUAAUCUCCAAUUGUAUACAACUUUUGGUACAAGAUCUAGAAGCUGGCUGCGAACCCUCACUGCAGGCUAUGGCCAAGGUGCAAUGGCAAAGUAUUAACAAUGUCGGUGAUCAAAGUGCUUUCAUUACCAGCAUAUGUGCAAAUUUCAAACAAACCGUACCCAUUCUGCGUGACAAUUUGGCAACCUCACGGAAAUACUUCACCCAAUUCUGUCAUAAAUUUGUAAAUGUUUUUAUACCGAAAUUCAUAAAUGUCUUGUACAAAUGUAAGCUGACAUUAUCCGAUGGUUCAAACAACGUCUUGGGAUGUGAACAAUUACUACUGGAUACACAUAGUUUGAAGACAGCUUUAUUGGAUUUACCAUCGAUUGGAUCGAGUGUUAAUCGUAAAGCACCAACAUCCUAUACAAAAGUUGUAGUUAAAGAUAUGACACGUGCUGAGAUGAUCAUCAAGGUGGUAAUGACACCAGUACAACCACCAGCACAUUUUACACAACAGGUGUUGAAAUUACUGCCCGACAUAACCAUUGCAGAAUAUCAGAAAAUUCUAGAUAUGAAAGCGGUAAAACGGGUAGAUCAAUUACAGCUUAUAGAUCUGUUUAAGCGUACCGCCUCAGCUGCGGCAUUUGCUGGUCUAAAUGAAAAUUCCGAAACUGAUGGAAAUGCAGCGGAUAUACCACCAGCUGCUGCAACCAAUUCUGUUAACGAGGAUGUCACAACAGAUAAUUUAAUAGCCGAUGCAACAUCAACAGAAAAUAAUGUUUCAACAAGUGGUCCAUCAGCCUCAACAUCUGCCAUUGGUUCUACAUCAACACCGAAAAGAGCUUUUAUUUUCAGUGUGGGCAGCUUCACUGGCGGCGGUAGUAGUGCUGAAAAGUCAUCGGAUGGUACAUCACAGGCUGCUGGUGGUGAUCGUAGUCGUAUACGAAAAUUAGAAAAUCUGUUAAAGAAAAGAUUGCCAUAAUUUA